UGUCUUUCCACUUGAACCCAGCCAUCAAAGCUUCGCGCGCGCGCACCCGUCCCGUCAUGGCGGAAGUGGUGUCGUUGCAGCUGGAGGAGGAUCAGUCGGGCGAAGAAGCCAUGAUGCAAGAUUUCGUUCGGCUGCACAUGAUGAGUAUGCUGCAGCCUUUUGCAGAAAGGGUCCAGGUAAUCCAGGAGCAUGUGAAACUACUCCAAGAUGCGCAGCAUCAAAGCUUGGGGCAGGUGAAGCACCUCGAGGGCUGUUCCGCUGCGCAAAGCGAAGAGCUUCAGAAGCUAAGCGAAGAGGUGCAGAGACACAAGGAGCAGCUGGAGGCCCAGCAGCUGGAGUUGGCCACGGUGAAGAAGGAGCGAAAUCGCCUCGAGGGAAACCACGAGAUCACCAAGGCCUCCGUGGCGAAGGCCCGCGAGAUGGCGGAGGAACUGGCAGAGCUGGUGGAAAAGCUGAGGGAACAGCAGAAAGGAAGCAUGGAGAAGCUGGAACUUUGUCACACAGAGUGGCAAGAGCUGGACAAGAGAUUGGUUGAGCGCUUUGAUACUCGUCUCGACAAGCAGGGGCGAGUUUGCAAAGAGCUGCAACUUGACGAAGCUAUAGGGAUGUGCUGGGCCGGUAUGGGCUGGAAUGAAAAGCAGUUGGAGCUGCAGAAGCUCCUUCAACAGGCCAAAAGUAGUGGUGACAGAGCGUGCCUUUGCUGCGUUGGAACACACCAAUUCUCAGGUGCACCAGGCAAGAGGAACCACCUCUCCUUAUCCUUGGAGGCCUUAAAAGAGGGCCUUGAGACCAGUUCCAGAGGCCAUCAAGCCGCAGCGCACGAGCUGCGCGAGGAACUUGAAGGACUCAAGGAAGAAUUACUGCAACGAAGCAAAGCCUGGGCAGACACCAACAGAGAGGCAUGGUCCUUAGUCCUUGGAUUCGUAUUUGCCACUUGUGAUUGGCCCGCGGGGGAAGCUGAGAAAGUGAUUCGGGAUUACCUGUAUCGGGCCAAGAGCCACGCCACAUGGGUCAUCCCAUCCUUUGACUUCGACGAGUAUUUCCACCUGAACAGUGGCAACAUCUUUCCAGACGGCAAGAUUCCACAAGACUAUCUGAGGCACGAGGCGCAUCUCCAGGAGCGCUUGGGGCAACCGGACACCGUGGAGGACUUGGACCCCGUCGGAGUGGUGAAUCACUACCGAGUUCCGGACCGAGAUCCACUGGCCCAGACCUUCGACGACAAGUUGGUCGCUGACGCGCAUCUGCAGGAGCGCUUGGGGCAACCGGACACCGUGGAGGCGCUGCCCAAAUACGUCUACAACGUCCAUCUGGCGAACGACGCCUGGUGGCAUUGGCUCAAGGACUUCGACCCCAAAACGAAGCGUUCCUCGGUAAUCCCAAUGACUCCGGACAUGAUGGCCACCGUGGUGUCCUCUGUGCCGACAGAACACAUUUCGCUCAACGAAAGCAUCGGCUACGUCCAUCACUAUCGCAUUCCCCACGGAGAUCCACAGGCCAAGACCUACGACGACCACUUGGUCUCCGACAACGACAAGUUGACAGAAGCCAUUGAACGACGAUUUGGUCAGAAACUUCCAGCUUUACUCAAGCGAUUCAGUGAGGCAAUCCCACAACCGGCACAGUAG